GGCAUGUACUUGGCAUCAGCUGAUGCAGACGGCGUCGUGAAGGUUUGGGAUUUGCGUAUGGUGGCUGAGGUCCUGCAAAUAGACACUGGAAAUAUGCCGGCCAACGAAGCUGAUUGGGAUAUUAGUGGAACGGUCAUCGCUGUUGCCUCGAUGGAUUCAUCGGUGAAGUUGUUCGACGUGUGGGAGAAGAAGUUUCUGAGGACCUUAGAAGGCCAUGAGGACUCGGCAGGAAGCGCCGUCCGCGGCAUUCUCACUUGGGAGUGCUGCUGUGGUGACUCAGGUUCAGUCGGUGUCACUUGA